AUGAACCGAUCUGGAGAUGUGAGACAUGUUCUCAGGAACGUAGAAAAAGUAUGGUUCUUGAGUCUAGGCCUGAGUCAUCAGUCACCUAUGAUGACAUCUACAAUCUUGUGCUGGACCUUUAGAAAAGACAUAAAGAAUACAGAGACUAAUUUAAAUAAGUCUAUUGAACUUUGUUUUGAAGAGCUCAAAGAUACUAACAACCUUGUUAGUAAGCAAAGUGAAGAGGUUGCGAGUUUAGUUGAGCUGGUCAAUACUCUUAGAACAGAGAAUUUGGAACUUAAAAAAAAGGUAGCCUCGCUGGAGUGUAGGAUGGACGACGUAGAACAGUACUCUAGAAGAGAGACUAUUGAAAUCCACGGUGUGCCUGUCCAGCCUGGAGAGCAAGUUCUGGAAGUAGUGAAAUCUGUUGGGAGGGCUUUGGACAUAACCAUUGAGGACUCAAUGGUCAGUGCCUGUCAUAGGCUGCGUGUAAAGGAGGAGUCUGGAAGACCACCCGGCAUCAUAGUGAAUAUGACAUCUCGCAUGGACUCUGAAGCUGUGUUGCAGAGACGACGGGUGAAGCGGAACUUCUCGACCCACCACAUUGGCCUGACUUCAACACCUGCCUCGCCCAUCUACAUCAAUGAGAGUUUGAGCCCUGGAAGACGUCGACUUCUGAACGCCGCCCGUGUAAAGAAAAAAGAAAAACUCUACACCUACCUCUGGAUAAGAGGUGGGAAGAUCCUGAUGAGAAAAGCGGACGGAAAAAAAGUGAAAGUUAUCACCAGCUUUGACGACUUAGCCAAACUGUAA